UCAUUUUAUUUUCACUCUGCAAAAAGCCGCUAUUGAAUUUAACUCUUGUAUGAUUUUUUGCUUUAUUUGAUGAAAUUUUUUUCAUCAAUACUUUUUCACUGGUAAACACAUCUCUCUUGUAAGAAUAAAAAAUUAAAAAGUUAUUCAAUUUUUAAUCAUCAAAUUAAUUAGUUUUGUUAACAUUUCCUUUGUAUUUAAAGAGUGAUGAAAGAGAUUGGAGGAUUGGUUGUGUGGUUAUAUUAGUAAUUUAUACAAAUUGUUGAAUGCGAUAUUGAAGUUUUAAAGAAUAAAGUACGUAUGGCCACUUAUACCGCAUACCGCAUUACCGGAAUGUAAAGUGGUCCAGGCAAGUGAAAGAAAUUCUAUUUUCGGAGAUACGUAGGAUCGCAGAGGCGUAAAAAAAGAUGUGAUGUCAAGUUGUAAAUUGCUAUAAAAGCUUAUUUAAAAUUUUUGUUUUACAAAAUCAUUUUAUCACAUAGUAGUAAUGUAAUUAGGCUUGUUUACUAUCUAAAUGUAACUUGGAAUUUCUGGGACGGUAACCUCAUUUAAUAAUAAAUUGGAAACUGAUGAUAGAAACAAAGAGAGAUGAGUAUCCUGUUCAUGAUCAAUAACUCUCAGUGGUAAUAAUUAGAAUAAAUUUCAACAGUGCAUUGAUAAGAAUCUAUCAAAACAAAAAUUUUAAAAAAAUGGCAGAACUGAUGGAAAAAAAAUCAACAGAGAUAGUAAGUACAACAAAGAAUGAAUUUGUGUGUGGUGCUAUGUCUAACACUGCUUUGAUAGAUCUCGAUCAAUUAACCACGAGUAAUAGUCAGCUGUUAAAUAUUUGUGGUGAUAAACAAAAUGAAGAUGAUUUAAUAAGGAAAAAUAAUACAAAAAAUGAAUUGUGUGCUGAGGAGAAGAGCCUUCAAGAAUUGAUUGAAAGUGAACUUGCUUUAAGAAUCUAUAUGAGAAAUGAUACUGAAACUGACGAGUUGAUUAGUGAAAACGAUCAAGUAUUGAAUGGUCAAUCUAAUACAUCAACUAUGAAUAAUGUUGCUCAACCUCAUCAAGAUUUAUUACUUAUUGAUGCAGAUUUAGAGACAACGACUGAUGAUUCUACUGUCAGCCAAAAUCCUGCCUACGAUUUUUACAACGAUAAUAAAUGCUCAGACUUUUCUAAUAUUAAUCAAACCAUUGAAAAUAAACCAAUUGAUCCUAUUGAUUGUGAUAUAAACAAUUUUAUUGAAAUAGAAAAGAAUAUUUGUAAUCUACAAGAUGAAAGAAAUUGUCAAUCAAAUAGCAAUGAUGAUAAUGUUGACGUAACUGAUCAAAUUCCUGUAAGUAAUGGAAUUAUUGAAACGGAAGUUGGUUCUUUAUCAACUGAUAAUGAAGUUUAUCCAGAAAUGGAAGUAAAAGAUAAACCACAAGAAGAAAAUAAAAAAAAAAAUAUUGAUAAAGAAACAGAAAUAAUUCAUGAUGAAAAAGUAUCAAGUCAUGAAUCUUUGGCAUCAGUUGAAAUAAUUCAAUUUAACUCAAUUGAUGGAGUCUUUGAAGUAGAAGAACAAUUUGUAUCACAAACAACAAAUACAACGAAUGUAAAUGUAGAACAAAUAAGUAACGUUGAGGAUGUUAUGGAGAAUGGUGCUGAUGAAAAGCGUGUGACAGAUGAAAUGAAUGUUGAAUUAAAUAUCCAAGUCACUCCAACGACGACUAACGACCUUAUAAAUUUGACUAAAAUAACUAAUACAGGUGUCUGUGAUUCAAGCAUGCGGUUUUCUUUAUCAGAACAAUUACCAGAUUUGGGAAAUAACAGCAAUGAUGAUUUAUCUAGUGCAUGUGAUAGUGAAAGCUGUGAGGAAGUGAUAACAGUUACUUCAUCCACGACGAAAAAUUCAACGAAAACAAAGAAAAAAAAAAUUGAGGGAGUUACUGGUAAUGAUGUUUCAUCUACAGUUAAUACAUCACGUACGAAAAAGACGAAGAAAAGUAAAAAGAGUGAUCUUGAAAAGGAAAAUAUAUCAGUGAAAUCGAGUUUUAAUAAAUUUGAUGCACUCAGUAAGAAAUCAGUGCUUCAUGCUCGUAGUAUUGAUGCUGUAAAAGCUGAUCAACAUCUCAACCUGGCGGGUCAAAAUGGAGAUGCAAAUCCCAACUGUCGCAGCUGUGGCAAGGUCGUGUUUCAAAUGGAGCAAACAAAAGCUGAAGGUUUAAUAUGGCACAAGAAUUGCUUUAGAUGUGCUCAAUGUAGCAAACAACUAAAUGUUGACAAUUAUGAAAGUCACGAAAGUACACUUUAUUGUAAACCACAUUUUAAGGAAUUAUUUCAGCCAAAACCAGUUGAAGAAUCGAAUCGUCCUACUUGUCCACAAAAGCCAGAGUUGAUAAUUAGAGAAAAUCAUCCAAAAGAAUUACCACCUGACGUAGUCAGAGCAUCUGAUAAACCAGAUCUUGGACUAGAAGAAUUAUCGUCUCUUAACGUCAAAUCACGUUUUCAAGUAUUCGAAAAAUCUGCUGAUACUUCAGUUAAUGAUAUCGAGAGAUCACCAUCACAAGUUUUAGUUAAAAGAUCACCAAGUAUUCUAAGUAAACUUGCCAAAUUCCAAGCAAAAGGUAUGGAUAUUGGUGUAGCUGAUGAAUCUCUAAAUGGUAUUCCAUAUGAAGAAUCAAGUGAAAGUGAAGAGGAGGAAGAAAAUGAACAAGUUGAAGAAGUGGAUUCGGAAAUAGUCAAGUCAAAACGAGUUGCUCGAGAACGUCCAAUAAGUUUUACCAAAAUGGACGAUAUAAAAAACCGAUGGGAAGUCACAAGUCAACAAGGUAGACGUGAAUCCCAACGUGAAGCUCGUAAAGAAGAGAUAGCUGGUAUUCGUUCACGACUCUUUAUGGGUAAACAGGGGAAAAUGAAGGAACUGUAUCAACAAGCAGUAGCUACAAGUGAACGUGUUACAAAGACGAAUCCCGUUGAGGAAAUUCAAUGCACAAUGCAUGCACGUUCUAUCAAAGAAAAGUUUGAAAGAGGAGAGCCAAUGGUAAAUUCAAAUGAUGAAGAGGACAGUAGUAGUAAACUUAAACAAGAGAAACCAGACGAAGAGGUGAUAGCAGCUGGUAUAAGUAGAAAAUCACGGUCUCUAUUUUUGGAAUUGGAUGCAACUGCUGCCAAAAGUGGAAGACCAAUGACUCCUGUUAACAACGUAAAAACUUCCACUGAAGUUCCGAGGCGAGCAAGAGAUGCAUUUAUGGGACGUCAGGUAUCGGACGAUGUGGUCCGCAGCACAGAUACUACCGAGGAAGUUAAGGUUGAGACUUCGGAAAUCUCGAACAAAUUUAAAUUUUUCGAGUCAUACAAGGAGCCGGAAAAGCAGAGAAAGCAGUUUCGAAUAACACCACCUCGUGAUGGAGAAAUUAAGAUGAAUUCACCGGAGCGUGAGAUAUAUCGUGAUCCGGAUGUGGUACGAGCGGAUGACAAAGUUGACGAAGUAGUUCACACGGACACAACAAAAAAGAUGCUCUCAAUCUUCAGACAGAUGGAGGAGAAAGCAACGAGAGAAGAUGUGCCUGAUGGACCAAAGCCGUUGAAACGAUUUACGCCACCACCUGAAGAUAAAUACGCUAAGCAAACUACUUCAGACUCGGAGAUUGAUGAUGAGGAAGAUGGCAAUGAGUCUGCUAGCGAAAAUAGUAUGGAAGAAGAAAGGAAUCCUAACUAUGUUAGAGCUUCCGAUAAGAUGGAAGACGAAUUCCUGAAGAAUGCACAAAAUGCAGCAAAAGCAAAAACACUACGGGCGAAAUUCGAGCAAUGGAAGGUGAAUGACGAGCAGACUAUCAGUGAUAAUAAUACCACUAAGUGGGAUGUAACAAGCGAACAAGUAAGCUCAGAAUCAGCAAAAAGCCUUAAAGCUCGAUUUGAAUCACUUGGUUCACAGCCUGCUGAAGUUCCACGUUCUACAAGAGUCAAAGUCAAUAGAUUUGUAAACAUCCAAACCACCGAUGCAGAUGUUUGUAAUGGUUGUCAGAAGAAGGUUUAUCCUCUAGAGAAAGUGGAAACAAAUAAUAAAAUAUUUCAUAAACAAUGUUUCCGGUGCUUACAGUGUAAUUGUGUACUCAGAAUGGAUACAUUUACAUUAAAUAAUGGAAAGCUUUAUUGUAUCUCUCAUUUUAAGCAAUUAUUUAUUGCUCGAGGUAAUUAUGAAGAAGGAUUUGGAAUUGAUCCUCACAAAAACAAAUGGAUCAGUAACUUAAAUCUUGAUUUAUCCAGCAACAAUUGCCAGACCAGUCCAAUUGCCAAUCACACUUGAAAAUUGUAUUUUCUUGCUUAUUUAAAAGAAUCAGAAAAUUCCAACUGAUGAUCUAGUGUUAAUAGUAUCAUCAAAAAAAAUUGCCGUACUUAUUUCAGACCAAGUUAAAUAAUAAAACAGCAUUUGAUAAUUUUUAUUAAGACAAUUAUAUAUAGAAUUAGCUCUAAAAGCAUGUGAGGAAAAAUUAAUUGUAUGUGUAAUUAAUGAUUUUUAUGAUAAUGACGUAUAUAAUACAUUGCCAAUUAUAUUAUAUUAAUAGUGAUAAUUUUGUACUACAUGAAAUGAAUUGUGAAAAUUAAAGAGAAAUAAAUUGAACAUU